UCCUCGAGCACUCCGCCGCCGCCUCGACGCAUCCGCCACUCCGGAAGCUUCUAGAACCUUCGAGGCGAGGACCCCCUCCCUCCGUCCGUCCGUCCGUCCACGGCGGCGGCAAUGCAGAGCGCGGCGGCCGUCGGGAUCCUCCGGCCAUGCGGCGCCGCCACGCGCCACGUCGGCAGCAACCCUAGCCCCCGGAGCUGCGGCGUCGGCCAGCCGCGGGGUCUCCGCCUCCACUCCGCCGUGGCCCCACGCGCGGGCUUCUCCGUUGCCGCUACGCGGCGCAUCGGGCUGGUGCCGGCCUCUCCGGAGCAAGAGGAGCAGCGGCAGCGGGGUGCCCGUGACGUGGCCGUGGCGGCGACGGCGGCGGCUAAGGCGGGUGAGGCCGGAGGGGAGGAGGGAGGAGGGCUCGCGAAGACGCUGCAGCUCGGCGCGCUCUUCGGGCUGUGGUACCUCUUCAACAUCUACUUCAACAUUUACAACAAGCAGGUUCUGAAGGUUUUCCCAUACCCCAUAAACAUCACAAAUGUUCAGUUUGCUGUCGGUACUGUCAUUGCUUUGUUCAUGUGGAUUACCGGUAUCCUUAAAAGACCAAAGAUUUCUGGUGCUCAGCUUGCUGCUAUCCUUCCUCUUGCUAUGGUCCAUACCAUGGGAAAUCUUUUCACGAACAUGAGCCUUGGAAAGGUUGCAGUGUCAUUUACCCAUACCAUUAAGGCUAUGGAGCCUUUCUUUUCAGUUCUGCUUUCAACACUUUUCCUUGGUGAGAUGCCUACUCCUUUUGUUGUAUUGUCUCUUCUUCCAAUUGUUGGUGGUGUGGCAUUGGCUUCUCUUACCGAAGCUUCAUUUAACUGGGCUGGAUUUUGGAGUGCAAUGGCUUCAAACGUCACCUUCCAGUCAAGGAAUGUGCUGAGCAAGAAGCUUAUGGUGAAGAAGGAGGAAUCUCUGGACAACAUUAACCUGUUCUCAAUCAUUACGGUGAUGUCAUUCUUCCUGUUGGCCCCAGUAACCCUGCUAACAGAGGGUGUCAAGGUCACUCCGACAGUUCUGCAAUCUGCUGGUUUGAACCUUAAACAGAUAUACACAAGGUCAUUGCUCGCGGCGUUCUGUUUCCAUGCAUACCAACAGGUGUCAUACAUGAUCUUGGCAAGGGUGUCUCCUGUUACUCACUCAGUCGGUAACUGUGUCAAGCGUGUGGUGGUCAUUGUGACAUCUGUUCUGUUCUUCAGGACCCCUGUUUCUCCUAUCAAUUCACUGGGAACUGGGAUCGCUCUUGCAGGAGUUUUCCUGUACUCACAGUUGAAGCGGCUUAAGCCCAAGCCCAAGGCUGCUUGAUUUGUAUCUGUUGUCAGGAACUGUAGAAGCAUUACCACACACGCCAUCGGAAUGAGUGCAUUAGCUUAGAGCGAACGAAUGAUCAUUGGAGAAGCCCUGUCCAGUAUACUGAUGCUGCUGUGUGUGUCAUCUUUAGUUGAGUUACUAGCGUCCUAAUCGGGGCAAGGUUUUUGUGUCUUCUUUACCACCCUAUGCUUGAACUGUUAUUUUUUAUUUGGUUGUAUCAAUAAAUUUCCUGCAAUAUCAUAAUAUUAUGCAUGUUUCUAUGUUGACGUAUUA